UUUCGUCAUAACCAAACGACACUUUAGGAUGUCCGUGUAAAAGAAGCUAGCCAGACAAGAUAGCUUGAAAACUGUUUUACUGUUACUUGUGGGCGAUAAAACAAAAAUGUCACCUCUGUUGGAGCUCUAGAUAGGUUAGUUUAACUAUCGGUACUGCUUUCUUCUCGGAUAGUUUGUGGUUACAAUUCCGGACGGGCGAGGAAAUGAACAGUGCCAGUCGAGGAAGUCGCCCAGCUGGUGGACAAAGCUAGCUGUCUCGCCAUUUAGCAGGAGUUCUUUUGUUUUUCGUUUUGAGGCGGAGCUGUGGUGCAAACAUGAGCUGAACUGAUGUGGCCUCGCUGAAAAAUAUCAUCAAACAUGCCGUAUUUACUGUGAGGAUUCUUCUUUAGUGUGUGACAUCACUAUAAACGACAAGAAAGCCAUAGUGGUGCCAGCAUUUAAUUCAUUAAAAAAAUCUGUUUGGGAACAACACGACAUAAAAUGGGCAACUGUCUGAAGUCGCCCACGUCGGACGACAUCUCACUGCUUCACGAGACGCAGUCGGACAGGGCGAGCUUCGGAGACGGGACGGAUCCAGAUUUGGAGCCUCCUCCGCCCUACCAGGAGCAGGCACACAUGCCCUUAUACCAUCCCACACCCAGCCAGGCCCGUCUAGCCACCCAGCUGACAGAGGAGGAACAGAUCCGCAUCGCUCAGCGCAUUGGACUAAUCCAGCACCUGCCCAAGGGCGUGUAUGAUGGCGGCCAAGAUGGCUCCGAGAAGAAGAUCCGGGAGUGCGUGAUUUGCAUGCUGGACUUCAUGUACGGCGACCCGGUGCGGUUCCUACCGUGCAUGCACAUCUAUCACACAGACUGCAUUGAUGACUGGCUCAUGAGGUCCUUCACAUGCCCGUCCUGCAUGGAGCCCGUCGACGCCGCCCUGCUUUCCACCUACGAGACCAACUAACGCUUGCCUUACACGCGGUCGCUUUAGGCGGAGCUUGUAAACAACAAAAAGGUUGGUUUUCAUCCUGCACUUUGAGAAAUAUGUUCAAACUCCUCCUACUCGCCGCCAAGAACGUUCAAGACAACGAUGUAGCCAAGAUGACUGCACACGUGUGUGUCCACUUGAGCUGGACUCAGUGGUCGCCUCACUGUUAAAUUAUUCACCCAAAUUAUUAAAGCGUGUCACUAGAACUCACAGUUUGCUAGUAAUUGUGUAACCUUGAUACAUUAUGUUUGCUUUACUUAUAUAUUUAUUAGGGAUGUACCGAAAGCAAAUUUCCUGGCUGAAACCGAAAAGUGAAUAUUGUAGGGAUGUAUGUAACGCAUUAUUCCUGGCGGAAACCGAAUAUUGGAAACACUUGGCCGAAAAACCGAAAGGCAAAACAAUACACAUGUAUACAAUUUAUAUUUUCAUUUUUUAAAAAUUAUUAUUAAUUUAUUUCAUUAUUUUCUGAUUAUUGCCCUUUGCCUUUUUUUAUGCUCAAGUAGAAAUAAAAUAGAGUCCCUUCUCACAAGUACGCAAACAUCUUCCAAAAUGUUCAACGACCCGCGAGGCUCGAAAAAUUUUGUUUGAAAGGUGCAGAUUGAAACCCCUUGGGGGUGGGUGUUUCUAGCGACAGUGAGCAUUUUGUGGCAAACUCUGAACCUGUCCUAUAGCAGAGGUGCUGGCUUCGUCGUAGCAUUCUGUUCGGUAGGCUUCACGGCUCACGAAACCUUGAUAAAUGUGCUUUCUAGGAAGUUUGGGACACUCGAAAAAUGGGUCUCAUGCCUCCGGUUCCUAAGCUAAAUGUAAUCUCGAUGUACGUUUGUGUGGAACUGUAGUUCCCAACAACAACGAAAAACUUCCGUUCUCGCCGAAACUAAUAAAGCUCUUUACAAGGCUAGUACUCCUUAAAAUAGGAUUCGCUGUUUUCUUGUGCAAUGAGUGGAAUCAAGAGUCAGACGAGUGGGCAGAGUCCUAGCAACGACGAAGCUGAGCGAAGUCGCUGCCAGCCGGAUUAAACGGUAACUGUGUGGAAGUUGCGAAAAAAAUGUAACAAAGAGUAAGUGGUCAUGCCAUAAAAUUAUUUUACUAAACCACAGCAAAUGCACAUAAAUGCAUUAAAAUAUUACUUUGUUUGAAUACUGCUCGCAUGUCGCAUCAUUAAACUCCAAACUAUUCAUACAGGGGCUCAAAUGCACUGUACUCGACGUGACACGGAACGAGAAGCAACUUUGCCAUUUGCCCGUGUUUGAUUAUGUCAUUACAAGACGACUACGGGUUUUUAUGGUAAUCGGUUGUAAACUUUCGGUCUUUUAACGGAAAACCUAAAACGCAAUUUUAGCUAUUUUCAGCACUGAAAUUUCGGUCACAUCUCUAGAAUAUUGGAAACACUUGGCUGAAAACUGAAAGGCCGAAUAAUACACAUGUAUACAAUUCAGUUUUCAUAAAAAAAAAAAAUAUGGCGGAAAACAUUCAGGUGACUUGAAGUUCCACUCUGAGACCCCCAAUUUGGCCAAAUUUGUCCGAUAUGCAUGUGUGAUACAUCAUUGGAAAGCUUAGAAUCUCAAUUUUCUGGGGGAAGAAAAAUUUUGAACAGGAGGGCAUUUAAAAAUAAAUAAAUAAAUAAAUAGCAAAACCCUAACAGGAGGUGAGAGCAUGAGAGAGCAGAAUUAAAGACGCCACGGUUUUAACGAGAUAUCGCUUACUUACCUUGUUUUGAUCCAAAAACUCCAUGUAGCAUGUAUAACUGAGUAUCAAGACACAGAUGUGAAUGGCCACAGCCGGAUUUUGGGGGGAUUUUAUGGGUGAAACAUAGUAAUAUAACAAGGGUCACGAUGCAGAAAUCGCAGACAUCAAGGAGUGGUCGAGAUGUUCUUUUUCAUACUCUUACCCUUUUCAAUUUUUCUUUGUUUGGAUCGAUUAUUUAUCAUCUACAAUAUUGGAGAAAAUGCGAGGGUAACAAAAAAAAAUAAAAUUAAGCAAUAGUUAUGAGGUAUAUAUCCGUGACUAAUUUACAGACGCCGUUUUUUUUAUUGUGACGUAAUUUGUAUAAACUUUUAAAUAUGUGAGUGAAUUAUUUUUUAAUGUCUUUUUUUUUUUAAACUAAAUAUUAGACAUCAAUUAAUGAUUCUAAGCUAAAAAUGACAGACAUUUCGAAUAAUAAAUGCAAUUACCUUCUUUUUAUGGCUAGGUUGAAAGAAAAGCGGUUGCGCGACGUCUGUAAACGGAGGUUUCCAGGGUAAAACGGACAAAUUAAAAAUAGUUCGGGGACUUAAUGCGCCAUGAAUCUGCUAUCAGCAUAUAGACAUAUUGUUCUAUCAAACACAACAGUUCUUUUGGCUUAAAAUAUGGCAGUUUCUUUCAAAGAGGGGUGCAAGAGCAGAAACUGCUUUUUCAGCCUUGUUUGCGUUUUCCGCCGUAUACAGUGGGGAGAACAAGUAUUUGAUACACUGUCAAUGGGUUUUCCCAUUGUCAGUGUAUCAAAUACUUGUUCUCCCCACUGUAUAUGAUUUUCCGAUUGAUUGCCCUUUGCCAUGACACUACCCUGAGGAAACCUUUUCACCUUUUCGAAAUCCUCUGCUACAGAAGGAGUCGGUAUGAUUGGAGGGACUUAUUGUUUGUAGGACAAGUAGCUGAUUUAACCUGAGGUGGAAAGAUUCUUCAGUGUUGUUUCCCCCCGAGAUACAUCAGCAGAACAUAUUUUACGGACUGCUAUCCUAACAUAUUUUUUUUGGAUAUCUCAAAAUGCUUCCAAACGCGGACAUGUUGGCUACGAACCAAGAGUGUUUUCAAGACCGCGUCAGCCAGCGUGUUGCUUCUCGCCGUGUUUUGAUUAUCUCAUCACAAGAGGACGAAGGUUCUUCACACUAUACAGUGGUAAACUUUCGGUCUUCAAAACAUUUGAACCGAAAACACAUUUGUACCCAUUUUCGGCCGAUAGUUUUCGGCGCCAAAUUUUCGGUCACAUCUCUAAUAUUUAUGCAUCCUGAUUGGCUGUGCGUGAGUGCUUUGUGAAUGUAUUCAAAUUGGACUGAUCAUAUGUAACACAUUUCAUGUGUUCUCAUUAAAGCUGUAGAAAGAUACCCACAGCUCCAAAUCCACUUCACAAGGUUUAAGGACACCAUUUUGUCUCUCUUGCGUUGCUUGGUAUUGUUCUCCUGUUAAUGUCCAGACUUCUUCUACAGCUCUGGUUCAGACACGUACAUUAGAGUUGUCGUCGCAGUUGGGCGUGUGGACGUGUUGUUAGGAUUCUACUAAAUUCUGGAUGUAAACUGUAAUACACAGCUAAUAUUGUGUAAUACCAUCUGGCCCCUGCUUGACCUCUUACAUAUCAAUAUUCCCUAAAAUGCUGUAUAAUGUAAUGUUAUCAGACUUUUUCCAAACAUGUGCCGGUGUAAUUUACUGUGCGUGUAUGUGGCUGUGUGUAUAGCAGGAGGUCAGCCAGUGUAAAGGGCUCAGGCGGAUCGCAACAUGCUUGCACACUUUUCAUCGAUCCACUGAUUUGCACUUUAGAACAAUAUGUUAAAAAGGAAAUGUUGUUAAUAUAUGUAAACCUUCUAAUAACCUUGCACUAUCAGAAAUGUAUUAUUUUUUUCUUCCUUGGCCUCACUCACGUACAGACAGGUUUGCUCGAGUUCAGUCAGUCACAAAUUACAAACUAUAUUGUCACGGAAUUAAUAGUGUUUAUAUUGCAGCGGGUUGUCGUUCAUUGGGCCAAUGUUGUGGCAGUCUGUUCAAACCUAAAUUCUGUUAGUUACAGGAAGUUUUUAUGUUACGGUUUUGUUUUCUUUGCAGUGUUUUUAAAACCCAUUGUUACAUUACAUAUAAUCUAUUUUUAUUUUGUUUGUUUGAGCAAGGGUGAACCAGCCGUCAUGUGUAAAGGAAUAAAUACAAUAAAUAUGAAAAGAAUACCCUUGCU